AUGCUAACGCGGCGUGGUGCUACACGGAGCGCCCCAGCGGUCUCCCUCGCUCCUCACGCGGCUCUGACUGCACUGAAGCCCGGCGACCAGAGCUACGACACACCGAUGAACAGACAGACUACCGGCCACGAAAGUAGAAAACACCAGUGCGUGCGAACCGAGCCAGCGGUGGUCCGUGUUUGGGUUUGUCGCUGUCUCUCCAGCAGCAGACUGCAGCUCCGGGCGGACAGAGGCGUCUUUAACCCGGGCAUGGACCACUGCACCGCUCCUACAGGCGCCCAGAGUACGUACAGCGCCCAGGAGCACUGA